GACAUCGUAGUCGGAAAUCGGACUUAGUGUGAAUCCAGCAUAUUUCUGACCAUGACCUCAACGUUCGCGAAACGGGUUUGGUUUCGGCGCGGCAAACAGUGCUGAUAUUCUUGACGGCGAAAAUUUGAUCGCUGGAGUGAAUUGGAAAGAAAGUCCACGACGCAAUCGUCAACGUGAAUAUGUGCUAGCCGUGAAUGUCAAGCACGAUGAGCUUCUCUAGUGAUGAGGUCAACUUCUUGGUCUAUCGAUACCUACAGGAAUCCGGUUUUCAACAUUCUGCAUAUACAUUUGGCAUAGAGUCACAUAUAUCACAAAGCAAUAUUAAUGGUGCUUUAGUGCCACCUGCAGCACUCUUGUCCAUACUUCAGAAAGGAUUACAAUAUACAGAAGCAGAAAUAUCCAUUGGCGAUGAUGGCACUGAACAUAGAAUGGUGGAAUCUUUAUCACUUAUUGAUGCUGUUAUGCCUGACGUUGUUGCAACACGGCAGAAUCAAAUUAAUCAACAAAAACAACAGGUGAAAAGUGAAGGCCAGGACACAAAUGGCGAGGAAGUUGUUGCAAACAACGAAGGUAUAAGUAAUAAUGAUCGAGGUGGAGACAGAGCAGCGGAGAUGGAAAUCGAUGAACCAGCAACUGGAGCCAAUGCUGGGUCGAAUGCCAGCGCGGUAGAGAUUCCCGCUAGUAAAGCUACAAAAUUACGCGGUCAUGAAUCAGAGGUAUUUAUCUGUGCUUGGAAUCCAACAACCGACCUGCUAGCGUCUGGUUCAGGUGACAGCACUGCUCGUAUCUGGGACAUGUCGGAUAAUUCGCAAGCGCCCAAUCAGCUUGUUCUACGCCACUGUAUACAGAAAGGUGGAACUGAAGUGCCGAGCAAUAAGGAUGUUACAUCACUUGACUGGAAGUGCGACGGCACGUUACUUGCGACUGGAAGUUACGAUGGAUACGCUCGCAUUUGGACAACCGACGGACGCUUAGCGUCCACGUUAGGUCAGCACAAAGGUCCGAUCUUUGCAUUGAAAUGGAAUAAGCGUGGUAACUAUAUUCUAAGCGCCGGAGUUGAUAAAACUACCAUUAUUUGGGACGCUGAGAGCGGACAAUGUACGCAACAGUUCAGUUUCCACUGUGCGCCCGCCUUAGAUGUCGACUGGCAAACAAAUACAUCUUUUGCUAGUUGCUCCACCGAUCAGUGCAUACAUGUAUGCAAACUCAACGUUGAUAAGCCCAUUAAGAGCUUCCAGGGACACACGAAUGAAGUUAAUGCAAUUAAAUGGGAUCCGCAAGGAAAUCUAUUGGCUAGUUGUUCAGAUGAUAUGAGUCUAAAAAUAUGGUCUAUGAAGCAAGAUACGUGGGUACACGAUCUGCAAGCUCACAGCAAAGAAAUCUACACGAUCAAAUGGUCGCCGACUGGUCCGGGAACACACAAUCCAAAUAUGAAUCUAACAUUAGCUAGUGCCUCUUUUGAUUCGACAGUUAGAUUGUGGGACGUCGAAAGGGGCGUAUGCAUACAUACGCUGACGAAGCACACUGAACCAGUUUACAGUGUAGCAUUCAGUCCGGAUGGCAAGUUUCUUGCUAGCGGCAGUUUUGACAAAUGCGUACACAUAUGGUCCACUCAGAGCGGUCAGUUGGUGCACAGUUACAAAGGUACAGGCGGCAUCUUCGAGGUUUGCUGGAAUAGUCGCGGCGACAAAGUCGGUGCAUCAGCAUCUGACGGCAGUGUAUUCGUUCUUGACCUACGUAAGCUAUGAUCAUGGUCACGUCAUAGAACUUAUUUUCCAUCAAUUCGGCAAGUUCGUCGCAACAGAGUUAAGUUACCCGAAAUUAUAUUACUCAUAACUUUUUUAUCAUAUUAUUUUGCUUUAACAGUAAACUGGGUACAUACAGGUAUAUACAGGUAUAUACUCUGAGAAAAAUAAUGAAUUUGGAUUGUAUUCAUUGCUUGCUCGUUUCUUUCCGUACAUUCGCAUGUACGUAGUGAAUGUGAAAAUGUCAAAUGCAAUACAACCAAUGCAAUGAUUACUGUAAGCAGAUUUAUUGUAAUUAAUGGCUUGAAGGGAGAAAAGAAAAACGACGAUUUCGAUGUGCUGACAUUGCGCAUGAUAGAAAAUGAAGCCCUAGCAAAUGGAAAGCCAACAGUAAAUGCACAAUAUUUUCAUUCACAUUACGUAUAAACUUUUGUUAAUAUUGCAUUUUAUGAACGAAUCACUCCGAAUAUGAAUUGAAUUGGUUAAUUCGCACGACAUUUAGUAUGACAUAUACAUUUUCUGCAUUUUAACAGUAAAAAUUUACAACUGUUCAUUUGCAUUCACUGUUCAUUUGCUUAGUAUAUACUCACUUUUACAUGUGGGAUGAUUCAUAAUUCAUGAAAAACCUUUUUUCACGAAUUAUUUUUGGAAAGUGCAAAUAUACGGACGGAGUUUUAUUUAUUAAAUGAUCAGCGACAUUUAUAAUUUUUUUGUAAUAAUAAGAUUCUAGACUAAGUUACGUAGAUUACGUAAACAAAAUUCGACAAGAAAUAUAUUUCUGAAAUGUUAUUCAAUAGUUUUGAGUUGUCCUAUAUAAGCAUUUAAGUAUUCUUGUAGUUUUCCUUCGAACAUGUAUUUAUAUGAGUCAUGCUAUUAUAUAUGAAUGGUACAAGAGAAAAAAAGUCUUAAAAACUAGGUGUUAAAGAAAGAUGUUUAAUAAUGCGCACAUGAUCUUUAAUAUGAGAACGAAUUUUUGUGAAUCAUUCCCUUAACAGUUUCGCGACCGUUAUAUAUUCGGCUCUGCUCGACGCUUGGAGCUGCUCUAUUAUAUUGAACUGAUGUAAAAUAUCCGAUAUUUCAUAUUACACAACCUGAUACAAUGAUGCAGAAAACAGUGAACGUAAAAUUACGUGACCGGCUCCUGAUUUAUACCGCAGUAUAAAACCGAAGUAAAAAUACGUGAGCGGCCGCGAAAGUGUUAACGUCUCUUUAGAAACGAGGAAGAGAAAUGUAUAUCGAUAAUAUUUUUAAUGACGACACACUGUAAGGGACACACUCAUUGUCAGUGUGACUCUAUACAGGUCAACAGACUUUGUAUCUACAGAGAAAUGAAUUGCUAUCUUCAUUCGUUAAAAGUGACUGGAGUAUUCUAUUAUUCCAGUUGUAUAAGUGUAAUAGUAUUCAAUUUAGAAAAUAGAAAUAAACCUUUUUCCUUUUUAUAACGCACGAGGAAUAUACCCAUUGAGGAUACCCAUUGAUGGCUUACUCCAAAUAAAAUUUAUUAAUUACGUCA